GUCCGCGAUCUGAUUGAGCAUGGAGCAUCCGCGGACGAGCCCAUCGGUGAGCUACAGCGUACAGCACUUCAUCAGGGAGCCCAUCUCAACCGUGUCGCAUGCUUGAACGUGCUCCUGCAGCAUGGUGCAUGUAUAGCGGCUGAAGAUGCCAAAGGCGACACGCCUCUCCACCUUGCAGCUUGGGCAGGCCAUUGCGAGGCGUUGGAGGUCCUACUGAAUCAGGGAGCAGACAUUGAUUCCCUAAGCGGCAGGGACGGGUACAGCGCCCUAUGGUGCGCUAUCAGCGCCUAUCACAUCGAUGCCGUUCGCUUACUCUUGAAGCACGGUGCAAGGGUAAGCCUGCGUUCAGCGUCAGGUAACGGUCUUCUACCAUUACACCAAGCGGCCGUCACGGGCCAAAGCGCGAUGUGCCGAUUGAUACUCGAAUACGGAGCGCAAGUUGGCAGCUUGGACGAUGAUCAUAAUACGCCGCUCCACUACGCU